CCCGCUGAGAGGCAGAGCGAGCACUCCUCCCGGGGAACAACGGAUGGCACCGAAGACGUAGGGGAGGUGGGCGGGCUUCAGCUGCCAUGCUCUAUUCUGAUUGGAGGAUGGCGAGACGCCCUGGGCUUGAUAGGCAACUGUUUGAAUUUAGGCGGGAAGGGGCCUCCAACGGCUGCGGCUCCGGCGCUUCGUUAGGAACUUGAUAACUUAGCAAGAUGGAAACUGAUGAAUUGUUUUUGGGGGCAGCAAAGCAGGAACCCCGUUAGCUGUCAACAGCUCUGUAAAGCAGCCACACUGCUCCCCUUACAUUUUCUUCUUCCCCCCUCCCCUUCCCCUCUCAAUUUGGUCUCAUCCAUGGCAUUCAGGAGGCAAGUAAAAAACUUUGUGAAAAAUUAUUCAGAGGCAGAAGUCAAAGUCCGGGAAGCUACGUCUAAUGACCCUUGGGGGCCUUCGAGUUCUUUGAUGUUGGAUAUUAGUGACCUGACCUUCAAUACAGUUUCUCUCUCAGAAAUUAUGAACAUGCUGUGGCAGAGACUAAAUGACCAUGGGAAGAAUUGGCGCCAUGUCUACAAGUCCCUCACACUCAUGGAUUAUCUUAUCAAGAAUGGAUCCAAAAAAGUCAUUCAGCUUUGCCGAGAGGGCUUCUUUAACAUUCAGACAUUAAAAGACUUCCAUCACAUAGAUGAAGCUGGAAAAGACCAAGGUUACUACAUCCGGGAAAAAUCUAAGCAAAUCAUCACUCUGCUGAUGGAUGAGCAGCUGCUGCAUAAAGAGCGGGAGGUAGCAUGUUGGACUAGACGGCGAACAUCCUACUCCAUGACGUUUCCUAAGAGAUUGCCUGGUGCUGGCCACUCGCCGACUCACUUACCAAGCCCUAACAUGGCAUCAGACCCUCCUGCUUCUGAGAACACACGCAAACUUCUCAAGAUCUCAAGGCUGCACCUCACAAAAAGUACUUCCAAGACAGAAUUAAGACCAGAGCAGAACUAUUGUGCCCAUAUGCCGAGCAGAAGUGCGGUGUCCCAGGAAACACUACCACUCAAGAUAAAUGCUUGGAAAUCAGCAGAAGACGCGAUGGUAUUUUUUGAGGAAGAACCAAAAGAGCUUUUGCCACAAGCAUCUCCCAUGAUCCCUCCGGCUUCAUUGGUGAUAGAAGAGUAUGAAGAAGGAUAUAGCCUUUGGGAUUCAGAUAUCGUGCCCUCUCCUUUGGAAAAAAGUCCAUCUCUGCAUACAAAUUUGAGCUUGUGCAAAAGGCUAGACAGUUUUGGCUUCGACAGAUUCGAUUUAUCAAAUCUUGCCCUGGAAAACACCAUGCAACAGUCUCUAGAGUUUCAUCCCCCUCAGAAAAAUUGUGAUACCCUGGGAACUAUGCAGAGUUCCUGGCCACCAGGAAGAGAAGAGGUUGCAAGUACCAACGUAAGGGUGUCAAAGUCCGAUCCUUUCUUCCAGAGAUCACAGGCUUUCCCUCAUAAAUCCCAGGCUUCUGUAGAGACCCUCUAUAUGUCUCCUUCUUUGAAGGAGAGCUUGGUUAGCAGGGAGUACCCCAAACCAACACAGAGCACUUCCAAAGAAUUUUCUGAGACACCUUUGCCAAAUCUCAGCUCCAACAUUGUUAAGACAGAUAGUACGGGCUUCAACCCUUUUGCAAGACAUGAUUCGACCGUCUCCGAAGGAACAUCCUCAUCCUUUUCUACCUUCUUCAUCUCAUCCCCUGACUUAGCCAUUUCAGAAAACAUCCCUCCUGCCUUAGGUCUGUCUUCUGAUGGAUCUUCCCUUAGGCCUUCAUCCCACGGGCCGUCCUCCUCCUCCAUGCUCCUUAAAGAUGCUCAGGUCAAGGUGAACCACCCCUUUGAUCCUUGCCUUCCCUCUUCAGAUGAAGAUGAGAGCGAUAGUAUCAACCUGUUAGACAUCCUCCCCGAUAACUCCGAUUCUGCCAAUCCUGUCACGAGUGACAGGAUAUUCCCCGUGCAGGAUAUUCAGUGCCUGAGCCCGGCCUCGGAACCGGCCCCCGUCGUGGGCGAGGGGCUCCCCGAGUCAGCGGGUCCCAACACGCCCAUUCUGGGUGCCUUAGGGGAGAUCAAGCACGCCAUCAGGAGGCUGCACGGAGACCUGAGCAAGGUGGUCCAAGAGCUGCGCAUCGUCAACAGCCACCUGGUAAGCAUGGAGGCCGGGAACAGUCAGCAAGCCUCUCCGCCCGUCAGCAAGGCCCUCUCACCUGGAGCUUCCGUGGAUAGCCUGAGUCAGUUCUGACCCUGCAGAGGACAAUGGUAGCGCCUCCUCCCCUCCCCACCUUCUCUCUCAAGAUGCUGGAGAGUUGACUUUCCAUGGAUUUCUGGGCCCAGCAGCAGGAUUAGUGUGGCAGUUUCUCUUUUUCUUUUAAAUUUAUUAACAAUUAUUUCUCCAAUCAGGAGGAGGAUGUGUGUCUCCUUUUUGUUUAAGGGAGAGAAAAGAUUUUAUGUUUGAAACACAUUUUCAGGUUCUAGAUAGGAACACAUUGUAAACCCAAGGGAAUUUUAUCUUUGAUGUGCCGUUUUAUUUCAGAAUGACUAAAGCUGUAGGAGAAGCCUUCUCUCCCAACCGGAUCCCCCUACUCUCAAGUUAUUCUGGAACGGGUAGCAGGAGUCCAUUUGUGUUCAGUUAUCUAAAGCCCCUUUGUUAAUACACCUUAGCCUCGGGGGAGGAAGAGUCUGGUCUACCUGAAUCAUUAAACUCAUUGCUGUCAUUGAGUCUCCAAACCUUAAACCGAGACUCGUGGCUUUCUCUCUUUGGUGUCAUGGUCAGCUAGGAAUUCCAUAGAAUCGAGCCCGCUAUGUGCCCCCAAAUAGCUGUCAAUUACAACUUUUUAUUGUUCAUUUAAAUUAAAAUUCAACCACAAAUG